AUGGCUGAACCUAAUUCCCCCAAAAAUAAUGUUGAUGACACUUCAUCAGCAUCCGUCCAAUCUACUACGGCGGUGAAAACCACCACUCAUUCCGCUUUCACCAUUAACAAUGUCAAAACCAUCAUUCUGGUGACAUUGGACAAUGAUUCCAACCUUUAUCUUUCUUGGUCUGCACUUUUUUUGGUGCAAGCUCGUGUCCACAACCUGCUCGAUCAUAUCAUCCCUCCAUCUGAUGAAAAAUUCAUCCGCACGGCAGACGAUCUCAAAGCCAACGAUUCUGACCUUUGGAAUCGUCUUGACGCUGUUGUGUUGCAAUGGAUGUAUGCAACCAUCACACAGGACAUCCUCAACUCUAUCAUUGUGAUUAACGAUACUGCCGAAGCAUGUUGGAAUCACAUUGCUGCCAUGUUCAAUGACAACAAACACUCGAGGGUUGUGCAACUUGAAAACCAGUUUAGCAACACCAAUCUUGAGGAUUUUCCUUCCACCAAGGCUUACUGUAACUGCCUCAAACUUCUCUCUGAUCAACUUGCAAAUGUCGAUUCUCUGGUUUCCAAUACUCGCUUGCAACACGACCCUUUACCAACCUUUGUUGCAGCCAAAUCCAGAUUAGAUCUCGAAGAAUCGACUAUUCUUCAACGUGCUGCUCGUGAUUCUUCCACUUCAACACCAGCGGCACUUGUGGCUAACACCACCACACCACUGACUGAUGUCUCUCCUCCGUCCCAUUCCAUGAGAAACGGGCACAAUCGCAACAAUUCUCGCGGUCGUGGAAAGAAAAACAACCGCAACAACAACGGUGGCCGAAAUAUGGAAGAGGUGGUCAUGGAAAGCAAGCACCUUGGCAACAACAAUGAACACCAUGGCAACAGUGGGCAACUCAAUGGAACAUGCCACCAUGUCCUUAAUCCAUUUACAAUUGGAACCGGUCUAACAAUAUUGUACCAGAAGGACCAAUUCUUGGGCCAAAACCACAAGCUACCCUCAAUGUGA